CCUCGGUUCUUGAAAGUUGGUGACUGGAAGAAGAAACGAGAAAGAAGGGGAUUUGAGGGGAAAUGUGAAGCGCAUGCGCCAUGUGAAGGUUUAGCGCUUCGCAUCCAUGCUGCAGUGUGCUAGUUUGUGAGAGGAGGCGACUGAAGCAGGUGAGGGAAGGGAGAGAGAGAGAGAGAGAGAGAGAAAGGAGAGAGGGAGGGAUAGUCGGCGAUACUUUUCUGCACUUCAAACACACAGAGAUACACACAUACGGUGUGGGAGGACGGCAGACUCGGAGCCUCAGCAAAGCCGCUGUUGUUCACACGCUGUGCUUUUUCCUCCCCCUGGCACCGUGCGCGCUCGCCAAGCCGCACUGUUUGGAGAUAGUCCGCGCGGAAAGUUUUUUUGGAGCAUACUGUCUGGAGCCGAUUAAUUGUGGCAUCUUUUUUCAUUUUUUUUUUCUUUUUUUUCUUGUUUUUGCAAGGCGGAUGCCUUAGCCUACUUAUUUGCAUGUGAAGACCUUUUUUUAACUCGAGCGGAGGAAUUGUCAAAGUCGGGUGUUUUUUUGUUUUUUUGCACAGAAUGGAAGGUAAAUUGACAAGUCGUUUGUGGCGAGGAUCACCGUGUGGAUCUUUCCGCAGUCAUCUAAACUGUCUGGCGCACGGAGCGCAUUCAAUGAUUGUUGGGUGUCCGUGUUCACCAAAACACCAAACCUGAAGAACUCUCAGCUGUAAGCGUUACAGUCCCUUCACCCCAACCAAGCACUUUCCAAGAGACCCGGAUAAACGACGAGACUUGUCUUCACUGCAGCGGAAAAGGAAAUCUUAAAUCCACCUGGCCUGCACUGGGAUUAUUGGUUUGAUAUCGUCUGCAGAAAGUGGAUUACAACUUCUAACGGGCUGUGCUCCCUGAUCAACGGCAGUAUGAGACUGGGGCUGGGCUGUGUGUAUCGGCCGGUUUGCUGGCCCUUUGGCGGCGUGCUGGACUCCAGACACUGUGUCUUUGCCCUCACACUCCUCACACUCCUCAUGCAGGUGGUGGUGGAGGCCAACUCAUGGUGGUCUCUGGCCAUGAACCCUUUACUGAUCCCAGAGGCCUACAUCAUUGGUGCCCAGCCUCUGUGCAGCCAGCUGGUGGGCCUGUCGCAGGGCCAGAAGAAGCUGUGCCAGCUCUACCAGGACCACAUGCAGUACAUCGGUGAAGGUGCCAAGACGGGCAUCAGAGAGUGCCAGUACCAGUUCAGACAUCGGCGCUGGAACUGCAGCACAGUGGAUAACUCCUCUGUUUUUGGACGGGUCAUGCAAAUAGGAAGCCGAGAAACGGCGUUUACUUAUGCCAUCAGCGCAGCAGGGGUGGUGAACGCAGUCAGCCGUGCUUGCAGGGAGGGGGAGCUCUCCAGCUGUGGGUGUAGCCGUGCGGCUCGCCCCAAAGACCUGCCGCGAGACUGGCUGUGGGGCGGCUGUGGAGACAACCUCAACUAUGGCUACAGGUUCUCCAAAGAGUUUGUGGAUGCACGUGAGCGGGAGAAAAGCUACCCCAAAGGCUCGUAUGAAAGCGCCCGGCUGUUGAUGAAUCUUCACAAUAACGAGGCUGGAAGGAGGACGGUGUCAGACCUUGCCCACGUGUCCUGCAAAUGCCAUGGGGUAUCAGGCUCCUGCAGCCUGAAGACUUGCUGGCUGCAGCUGGCAGACUUCCGCAAGGUGGGCGAUGCACUGAAGGAAAAGUAUGACAGUGCUGCUGCCAUGAAGCUCAACACGCGUGGGAAGUUGGUGCAGAUGCACAGCAAGUUCAACGCUCCCACGAGCCAUGACCUGGUGUACAUCGAGUCCAGUCCAGACUACUGCCUGAAAAACCAAACCACGGGUUCCCUGGGCACAGUGGGGCGCCUGUGCAACAAGACCUCAGAGGGCAUGGACGGGUGUGAGUUGAUGUGCUGCGGCCGCGGUUAUGACCAGUACAAGGCCCAGAUAGUGGAGCGCUGCCACUGCAAGUUUCACUGGUGCUGCUAUGUCAAGUGCAAGCGCUGCACCAAAAUCGUAGACCAGUUUGUCUGCAAGUGAGAAGAGGAUAGUUGCCUGUGUGUGUUUGCUUAUCGACGAUGGGCAUACAUCUGUGUGUUUUCAUGAGCAGAGGAGCAAAGGAUUUGAACACAGAGAGAGAAUGGAAGAAACUAUAUAAAUUAUAUUUAUAGAGUUAAACAAUUAUGCCAUUGCAAAAAGACUGACUCUUUUUCAAAAAAAAAAAAUCUUAUGUCUUCAGAAACUGAGAAUAUCGUGAAAUAUUUAUUUUGAGAUUGUUAUGCUUUAUUUUGGCCCAGUCAUCACCACCAGAUUUUAACCCUUUCAAGUGCCUAAAACCGGCUGGAAAGCUCCUGCACCCAACCCCCACCCUUUUUUUUUUUAAUUCCAUAAAGUAAGAUUUUUCUUGUCAGAUGGGUCACACUGAUUUCAAAAUUGGACUGUGCUUCCCAUUUCCUGACAAGAGCAGAGUUUCAUAUUUGUGGCAUAGUUGACGAAUAGGUCCUGGUUUGUUGUUCAAGUAUGACUGUGUUGAGAGGAGAACGCCUGUGUGCUGUAGCGUAUGGAUGUGUUUUCAUGGGCACAGUCCCAAACCAGCCUUCACAUCCUUACCGAAGUCUACUUGUCCCCUCUCACCACAUAUGGAGUAGGGAACACUGUUGGUUCGCAUGAGUACAAUGGGUACAUUAAGAGGGCUGUUUUGGGGAUUGGGCCAUUUAUUAAGCUGUCCCAGAAGCCUUAGAGUUCCCCAGGUGCUGCAACAAGCCCUCCACCAUUAUGCACUUUGAUACAGAGGCUUAAACCUGUCUGUGCGUGUCUGUUCAGCUGUUUUUUUUUUUUUUUUUGUUGUUGUUUUUUUUUUUUUUUUUACUAGAGUGCAUCAACAAAUAUAUCAAUAUUAUAGCCUACAUUCUUUUCCAUAUUAAUUCCGAUUAUCCAUUUAACAUUAUUCUACAAUACUUAACAUGGUUUGAAUAUAUAUGGGCAAUGUUGUGGUUACAGUGGUGAAAUAUUCCAUGCUCUGUGUAUAUAGUAUGUCUAUCCAACCAAUCAGUAAACUAUAUUUAUUUUCUUUAACCAGAUCCUCCUUUAAAACAGAAAACCAUCCCCUCCAUCAUAGUUCAGUAUUUAAUCGGACAUCCCCGAGUUUUAAAGUCACUUUUUAAUUUUUUUUUUUCUCACUAUAAAGCGGCUCUUCACUGUUUUUGUAAAGGGAAAUGCACCUUAUUGUUUUCAAAACACAAAUACUGUCUUCUCACUCAUGUUCAGCUGUUCUGUUACACACACACACACAUAUCUCACAGAUGUUGACAUUUGAUCAUUGUCACCAAUUUCCAGUACCACUCAGUUAACUUCUCACUAUCCCUGUGAUGAUUCUCAGUGGACAAACUAUCCCUGCCAAUCCAACUAUGUAUAUUUAUAAGCUUCUUCAUGAAUUUGAGGUUUGUUAAACAUAAUGUGUUAUAGUUGAUAUUUUGUUACUUUUUACAAAUUGGCUCAAUGCUCUACUUUGUUUCAAUAAAUAUCAAAUGUAAAACCAG